AUGGAACAUCUUCACAGAAAACUGAUCCCAGAGUUAUGCGAGUUGAUAUGUCAUGGAAUAGACUCUGUAUCUAAAUGUUCUUUGAACAAUGAUUGCGCUAAUUGCUUCAAAAACUGUCUCAAAACCAAUCCUCAAUACCCUAAUUACUAUUAUCCACCGCCACCACCAUCACCGCCACCGCCACAACAAGAAUUUCCUAUCUACUCCUCAUCAAAUCAAAACCAGCACAAACUCACCAAUUACUUCAUCAUCACUCUUUCUAUUCUUGCUUUUAUUUUCUUCCUUGUUUGUAUUCGUGCAAUUUAUGUCAAUUUUAGGUCAAGAACAAGAAGAACAAGGUUAAGGACAGUGGCAAGGACAAGAGCACCACCAUCAACGAAUCAACAAAUUCAGGUGAUGAAUUUUGAUGAUGAACAACAGCAUCAUGAUUCUAUUGUGGAUCAUCCAAUUUGGUAUAUUCGAACUCAAGGUCUUCAACAAUCGGUUAUAAACGCAAUUAGUGUUUGUAAGUAUAAGAAAGGGGAAGGAUUGAUUGAAGGAACUGAAUGUUCUGUUUGUUUGAGUGAGUUUGAAGAAGAUGAAAGUCUUCGGCUUUUACCUAAGUGUCGUCAUGCUUUUCAUUUACCUUGCAUUGAUACUUGGCUUAGAUCUCAUACCAAUUGUCCUACGUGUAGGGCUCCAAUUGUUAAUACUACUAACCCUACAAUUGCAAGGGUUGAGUCUUUGGAAUCUGUUGUUGUUGAUUCUCAUUCAAGUUCGAUGGAACAUGGACAUGUUGAUGAGAAUAGUGGUGAAACUGAAUCCAAUUUAGGGUUUGAAAAUAGGGUAGAAGGUGAAGGAGGGCAAUUGGAGGUUUGUGAAAACGGAAGGCCAGUUGUCGAUGCGGUUAGUGGUAAUAUUCGGCCUAGGAGAUCGGUUUCUAUGGAUGAUUCUUUUGCUGCAGGUAUCAAUAAUGUUGUUGCAACUGUUCUGUCAAAGGAAUGCAAUGGUAAUGAAGAUAGUGUUUCGAAGGUUAAUGGAAGUGAGAAUUCGGCAACUACAUCGAAAGGUGGAAGUAGUAGCUUUUCUUUUAGGUCAACAAGAUAUUUGCAGGGUGUUGCUAGUCCAAUGAAGAGAUCAAGUUCAUACAAUAGGAAAUUUCUUCUGUCUUGGUAUAGCCGCAACCAGAAAAGGCCAAAUGCUAUUCUGAGAAGCUUUUGA